UGUUUCUGUUUGCGCAAGCGCAAUAGACCCGAAUUGUCGACAACAUGGCAGCGGCGCUUUCAUACGAAGAUUUGCGCAAACAUGCGCGCUAUUUGGAGAACGAAAUAGAUUUGAAACUUGUCGCUUUCAGUAAACUGGGGGCUGGUAUAAAGUCGCCCCCUGCCCACUCAAGCUCCGACGCUGUGCCCCUCUUAUCCGGCGAGGAUACAUUCGAGGCUAUGGCCCUAGAAAUCGAGGAAUUGCUAAACAAAUUGACACAAGUGAAUGAGAGAAUGGCCGAACAACCUGUCUCGGGGGCUGCCAUGCUUCACACCCUCCAACGCCACCGCGAUAUUUUAGCCGACUUAUCACGCGAUUUCCGAAAGACAACCUCGCAGCAUGAGAUAAGGCGAGAAAGGGAGGAUUUGUUACGGGGGUCAAAUGACACGUUUAGGGGUGAUGGUGUUAAUAAUAGGCGCGAUAUUUAUUUGAAGGAAAAUCAACAUUUGCACAGUUCAGACAGGUUGGUUAAUGAGCAAAUUUCCAUUGCCAUGGAAACAAGGGAUCAUUUGACCAAUCAGAGACAGACUUUUAAAAGAUUGCAGACGAGGUUUAAUGAUUUGUCAAAUAGAUACCCGGUUAUCAAUAGUCUGAUUCAAAGGAUUAAUAUUAAAAAGAGGAGGGAUUCCAUUAUUUUAGGGUUGGUCGUUUCAGGGUGCACCGUUUUGAUGCUACUCUACGUUUUUCAUUGAUAUAUUGUGAUAUAUUUAUUAUUGUUUAACCAAAAAUUCUAGGGAAAUGUUAGCUUGACGGUAUUUAUAUUUGUUAUUGAAUAAAAUAAUUUUUGUACUCAAA